AAAAGCUCUACGGAAGGGGAAAAACCAGGUGCUGAGACUAAAAUAAGAACAGUCGAGAUUUUGACAGCGUGGAGUAGUCAUUACCCAUAUCGACGGGCGAGUUUCUAAGUGGGAGAAUCUAUUAUUUUUUGUUUUUUUAUUAAAAGUAAAGAAUCAUGAGGUGGUGCGUCAUUUUACUGGUGUUAGCGACGUUGGACCGAAGUUUGGUAAAUGCACAGUCUAAAGGUUCUGCGUGCUCCCUGAGGAACCAGCGGGGCACGUGUCAGCUGCUGACAAAGUGCGGUCCAGCCUUGGACGACCUGAAAGCCGGUAAGCGGCCCGAGGUGGUAUGCGGCUUCGACAAGUUGAUCCCAAUAGUCUGCUGUCUCAACAGUGACGGUACCACAACUAGCCCCAUCACACCCAAGCCGAGUAUCAGACGUGCCCAGCAGAAGUGUCAGGAGUACGCGACGACAUCGAUGAUGCACUCCCCGAUUGAUUCAGUAAUCGUCUCGGAAUCUGACUACCCGGAACCUCCAGCCAUAAUUGGUGGCAACACGGCCAGGCCCAAAGAGCUCCUACACAUGGCGGCUAUUGGUUACAGCACCAAUUCCAGUUCGAUCGCUUGGAAUUGUGGCGGCGGCCUCAUAUCUCACUCGUGGGUCCUCACUGCCGCGCACUGCACCUACUCGUUCUUGUGGGGAUACGCCAAGUACGUUCGCGUGGGUGACCUCGACUUGAAUAGCGACAUAGACGACGCAAGACCCCAGGACCGCUACGUCAUUGAACGCGUCAAGCAUCCCGAUUACAAAAAACCGGCGCAGUACAACGACAUCGCCCUUCUCAAGAUGGACAGGCCAGUGACGUUUGACGCCUACGUGAGGCCGGCCUGUCUGUCCCUAAAUCCCAACAUCCCACCCGGCGAGAAGACCAUUGUUGCCGGCUGGGGCAUCACCGACUGGUCCAACGAUAAGGGAUCAUCCAGCCUAAUGUUAGUCAACGUACCCAUAGUUGAUUACGAUACGUGCAAGAAGUUUUUCGCAAACGAGGGAAACAAACUCCCCUUGGGUCUCAACGCCGAGUCGCAACUGUGUGCCGGGGAAGAUGGAAAAGACACUUGCCAGGGUGACAGCGGUGGUCCACUGAUGGUCAGGAGUGAAUCUCAAAGUGACAUGUACGACAUCGUGGGCAUCACUUCCUUUGGAAAAUUUUGUGGGAGUGUCAUUCCUGGCGUGUACACGAAAGUAUACCACUACUUGGACUGGAUCGAGGACACUUUAAUUAAUCAAUUAAUUAUUAUGACGUUUGACGCCUACGUGAGGCCGGCAUGUUUGUCCCUAAACCCCGACAUCCCACCCGGCGAGAAGACCAUUGUUGCCGGCUGGGGCAUCACCGACUGGAGUAGGUAUAUUGUGGUAAAGACUAAUGAAAGAUUCGCCAUUGAGAUGUUGCUCAUUUUAGCUAACGAAAAAGGGUCCCCCGACUUGAUGAAGGUCCAAGUACCCAUUGUGGAUUAUGAGACCUGCAACAAACACUAUGGAACCAUCAAUUCCGAGUCACAAUUGUGCGCUGGGGAAGAUGGGAAAGAUGCCUGCCAGGGUGACAGCGGUGGUCCUUUGAUGGUCAAGAGCGACUCGUACAAAUGCAUGUACGACAUCGUUGGGGUCACUUCCUUUGGAAAACUUUGUGGGAGUGUCAUUCCUGGCAUCUACACAAACGUAAACCACUACUUGGACUGGAUCGAGGAUACUGUGUGGCCUUGAAC